AGAGAGAUUAUCAUCCCAAGUAUUGCAGAUUUUUACUUCAAGAUCAACAUCGGCCACAACGACUGACAGUUGCUUGUUCUUCUUUCACUUCAAGAAGAUUUAAAAAUGGGAAUCCGUUUGCCUUCAAUUCUUCUUCAUACCAAGCAAAUUCUCAAAAUGCAGGGCCCUUCUUCAAAAGUAAAGUCCAAUAUUCCCAAAGGACAUAUUGCAGUCUAUGUGGGGGAAAACCAAACAAGGAGAUUUGUGGUUCCAAUUCCUUAUUUGAACCAUCCUUCUUUUCUAAAUCUACUAAAAAGGGCCGAGGAAGAGUUUGGAUUCAAUCAUCCAAUGGGUGGUCUGACAAUUCCCUGCAGAGAAGAGACCUUCAUUGAUCUCACUUCUAGGUUGCAGAUAUUAUGAGAGAUGGAGAAGAAAGAUCAACCAUCCACACAGUUUUGCCAACCCUGUUUUUUUUUUUUUUUUUCAACUUGUCCUAGUCAUAGUAGAAUAUCAAUGUAUAGGAAGUACAUCAAAAUGACUGUAUUUAGGGUGGAAAACUGAUCUUCCCACCUGAAAGGGCAAUAGCACAUAAAAACUGCAAUUGCACCGAGCAGUAAAGUGACUUUUUUUUUCAAAGAGAAAAAUAUGCCCCAUCAACGCAUUCAAUAUAUAUGCCAUUUUCCUCUCUGAAUUUCAUCGAAGUUCUCAUAUUCUUAUGUUGAAUGCAAUUACAUGGAUGAAUCUUGAGUAGGAAUCCCAGGUUGAAACAAUUGAAAAGAAUAUAUUUAACUUAAGUAAAUAAUAAUAACAAUAAAUAAAUAAGGAGAACUUUAAAGUGCCCCUCCCAGAAACCAAAGCUUUUUGACUUGUCAUCUUGAAGCAAUUAACUCUCUUUAUGUGCUGAAACCGUAUCUAAUAUGUUAUCACGACCUAACCAAUAGGAUUCUUUUUUACACUGAAAUUGUGAAAAUCUAAUCUAUUAUGUGAGGGAAAUCAAUUUUAAUCUCCAUUAUUACGGUGCUUUGCAACGUUCUCAAU